ACAAAGGGGGUAGGUGGGAGCGGGGAGUGGGUUGGAGAAUUGGCCUGGCCGGUCCCCCCUCCGGCUCCGCUCCGGGAGCGAAACCGAGAGCUGAGUGUCCGAGGGGCUGCCUCCGCCGGGGGGCCGGGCUGAAUGGGGCCGGCGACUAAACCCGGGGAGCAGGUGGCCCCAGGCUGUCUCGCCGCUUCUCCCUUCUGAGAAGGAGACGAGUCCUGGGCGCCGCGGCGGGUCUGCGCAGGUGCAGAACUCAAAACAUGACCAACAAGAUACAUAGCCAAUGUUCAGAACUAAUUUGGCUAGAACUGGAAUACAAUUGUCGACAGCAUAUCCACAAGGAAUCGGAAAAGCCAAUCUAAUGGCUAACAAGAAAGAACCUCCGUUCUUUAAUGAAGAUAACGUGGGACCAUUUUACUACAAGCUGCCUUUCUACGAGACUAUGGAGCUCUUCAUUGAGACACUGACGGGGACAUGCUUUGAGUUGAGGGUUUCACCUUUUGAAACUGUCAUCUCUGUGAAAGCUAAAAUUCAAAGAUUAGAAGGCAUUCCUAUCUGUCAGCAACAUUUAAUUUGGAAUAGCAUGGAGCUUGAAGAUGAUUAUUGCUUGAAUGAUUACAACAUUUCAGAAGGUUGUACCUUGAAACUGGUAUUGGCUAUGCGUGGUGGACCAAUAAAUACUAGAAGAGUUCCAAUGGAAGACCCUCUUAGGGAAAUGGCUGAAUACAUGGAUUCCAGUCGUGAUGAGGUCUGGGAGAAGGCCUCAUGCAACAAACAAGUCACCUUUUUGGUAUACCGAGAAGGAGAUCAGUUGAAUUUCUUCCGAGUAGUAGAUAGGGGAGAUGGCACUUUAACACCAUUAUCUGAAUCCUUAAGUGGUGGUUCCGUUUAUAAUUUAUAUACAGAUGAUGAUGAAGAAAUUGAACCUUCUCCCUCUGGGCAACAGAUAAUUGAAAAUUCAAUCACUAUGAACAAAAUGAAGCUGCUGAAAGCAAAAAUGGAGACCAUGAACCUCAGCAAAAAGCCUAAGAAAACUGUCAAGGUAAAACCUCGUCCACCUAUGGCUCCUCGACCUUCCAGUGGUUCAAUGGCAGCUGCUCGUCACAGAUUGUUGAGAGUACUCCCCCACAUUGGACAGUCUUGCCUGCCUCCACCUGGAAAUUCAUAUCCUGCUGAGCCUUCCCAGAACACACUUUCAGCCUUGGCUACUUUGGCCACCGCUGGUCGACCUAUACCGUCUAUUGCUAAGGAAAGCGAUAACUGGGAGAGCACCACACUUUCCCAUUCAAUCAGUAGCAUUAAAUCACCAGCUAAAGUAUCUCAGGUUGAAUUAGAAAGCACCAAACAGUCCAUCCCAGAUGCUGUCCUCCCUCUUGUGUCACCUCUGUCCACACAGACAGAAAUGUUUUCAGAAAAUUUAAUAUCUAAAACAGAGGAAGACACGAUCAUAUUUCCAAAUGUGGAGUUGUGUGCCACUGAAGAUUCUCUUUCACCUGAAAUGGAUGCAUUUGCUUUGUUAGCAGAAGGAAGUGUGAUGGAACAAUACGGUGAUCUGGAUGGCACAGAGAAGGUAAACCAAGACCUUGUACUGACCAAUGGGGAUAAAGAUAUUAAAACUCCCGAGCAGCAUCAUAAGCCUAUUGCAAGAAUGUUGAAUUCAGAGACCAUGGAAACUUCAAUUCUGAACCCUCGUGAAUUAAGCCCACAAAAGAACAGGCUCUUGUCACCUCUUCGGUAUUCUGCACCACUGACACAUCACACUUCUCUAGUGAAACCACAGAGACAGUCCAAAUGCUUUGAGACUGGCAGCCUGAGGUCCUCUGCUUCACAAAAUGUGUUUCGAUCAUUGGAUGUCCGAAAUAUAGCAGAUCCUUCCUUUCCUAGGACUACUAGAUUUCGUGGUGUUAAAGUCGACUCACCUGGUAAAAGAUCCGAUAUUAUUUCCAAAGGCGAGGCUAGGGACAUCACAGAAAUGGCUAACAAGGCAUCCAAAGAGCCUGUGGGUUCUGUAAACAAUAUAGGUUUUCUUGCUUCACUGGCACGAAGUGCAAGCAGAGACAGUUUACAGAGCUCGUGUGGGGCUGGCAGGCUUCGGACUUCUGCCAUUACACUAUCUACAAAUCUCCAGCAUUUUCAGGAAGAAAGUCUUAGGAAAAGCUCUCCCCAAAUUGAACCUGCUGACUUUUUUCUAUCUCCCCAUGGGCUUGGAAUGAAUGGAAAUAAUCCAUCAGCAGGGAAAAGAGUAGGUGAAAAUACUCAUCAUCUUCCCCCUGUGAAAGCCCCUGUUCAGACCAAAAAGAAAACAUCGAAGCAUUGCUUUCUUUGUGGCAAGAAAACGGGACUAGCCACCAGCUAUGAAUGCAGAUGUGGAAACAAUUUCUGUGCAACUCAUCGAUACGCAGAAACACACGGCUGCACUUAUGAUUACAAGAGUGCAGGAAGGAGAUAUUUACAGGAGGCAAAUCCUGUUGUCAGUGCACCAAAACUUCCAAAAAUCUAACUAUGGUGGCACUGCCAGAGGAAAUGGAUUACUAAUGACAGAAGAAGUAUUGCUUAGACUGAAUUAAUUUUGUUCGACUCCAAAAAAAAUGAUUUGCCCAGUAACAAAAAGUACACAAUUCAUACUGUUGGAGAGUAAUGUGAACACUACUGUCAUUAACAUCUUUAUUCUUUAGUGAAUCAAAAGUUUUAAAAGUAGUUUUUAAAAAUUUACACUAUAAUGAUUUAACUUUUGUUAUUGCACGUCUUGUGUUAAGUGUUUUAUAUUUGAAAAUGCUGUUUCACUAGACAAGUCUUUAAAAGAUGCACUUUACUAAGUUGAUUUUACUGUGGAACCAACUAGAUUUGAGGGGGUGCUAAAUGAGAGUGUCAUAGAAGGUCUUCAUGUCAUGGAGUGUCUUCUAUAUUCAAUCCUACCUGUUACUGUUUUAUUUUAUUUUGUUUUUUAAUCCCAUGGGUGAUCUCAUAAGUUAAUACACUAGGAAGCUCCCCCUUCAAACCAUAUUUUAAGAGCAUUCAAUUUGUUAUGUGGUGUUUUAUUACACAUUUUUCUCUUCCAUUCAGAUUGGCAUUCAGAUAUUGUGUAUACAUUCUACAAAACAUAUCAUGUGAAUCACAAUAUAUAUUUCUUAAAACUCUGUAUGGCAGUUUUUUUAAAUAGACAAUGUCCCACUUUUUGCCAUGAAAUACAGAAAACAGCUUAUUUUAACUUUUUUGUAAUGGAUAGAUUUUUUUAAGACUUCACAACUUGGUUUGUUUUGCUAAGAUGUUGAAUACUGUUACCAAGAGAAAUUCAAAUAAAUAUUCAAUUUUA